AUUCUCCUCCCUAGGGAUUUUGCCCUGUAUCUUCAAAAUGAUGGCAAUCUCACUAACCUGGGGAAUUGUUGUAGUAGUGUGCUGUUGUUUAUGGCUUUUCCUGGGAAUAAGGAGAAGGAAAAUGGGUGAACCACCUCUGGAGAAUGGGUUGAUUCCAUAUGUGGGUUGUGCUUUGCAAUUUGGUGCCAAUCCUCUUGAAUUUAUCAGAUCAAAUCAAAGGAAACAUGGUCAUGUUUUUACCUGUAAGCUAAUGGGAAAAUACGUCCAUUUCUUCACAAAUCCCUUGUCGUAUCAUAAGGUAUUGUGCCAUGGAAAACACUUUGACUGGAGAAAGUUUCACUUCACUACUUCUGCAAAGGUAUUUGGUCACAGAAGUCUCGAUCCAAGUGAUGGACACACUACUGAAAACAUCAACAAGACGUUCAUCAAAACCCUGCAGGGUGAUGCCUUGAACGCCCUCACAGGAGCCAUGAUGGAAAACCUCCUGCUUGUCAUGAGACCUUCAACUCUUCCCAAACCCAACACGGCUGCCUGGGUGACAGAAGGCAUGUAUUCCUUCUGCUACCGAGUGAUGUUUGAAGCUGGCUAUUUAACUCUCUUUGGCAAAGAUCUCACAAGGCAGGACUCGCAAAGAGCGCUGAUGCUAAGUAAUCUUGACAACUUCAAGGAGUUUGACAAGAUCUUCCCUGCGCUGGUGGCGGGGCUUCCCAUUCACGUGUUCAAGGCGGCACACAAUGCCCGGGAGAAGCUGGCCGAAGACCUGAGGUCCGAGAACCUCCGCCGACGAGACCGUGUGUCCGAUCUGGUUAGCAUGCGCAUGCUGCUCAAUGACCAGCUCUCCACCUUCGACGACGCCGAAAAGGCCAAGACGCACCUCGUUGUGCUCUGGGCGUCGCAAGCCAACACCAUUCCAGCGACUUUCUGGAGCUUGUUUCAAACGAUCAGGAGUCCUGAAGCAAUGAAAGCAGCUAUUGAAGAAGUGAAUAAAACAUUAGAGAAUGCUGGUCAAAAAAUUAGCUUUGAAGGCAAUCCUGUCUGCCUGAACCAAAUGCAGCUGAAUGAUAUGCCAGUGCUAGAUAGCAUCAUCAAGGAGUCUCUAAGGCUCUCCAGCGCCUCCCUGAACAUCCGGGCUGCUAAAGAGGAUUUCACGUUACAAAUCGAGGAGGGUUCCUUCAAUAUCCGCAAAGAUGAUUUCAUAGCUUUUUAUCCUCAGUUGAUGCACUUCGAUGCUCAAAUCUAUCCAGACCCGUUGACUUUUAAAUAUGAUCGAUUUCUUGAUGAAAGUGGGAAAGCAAAGACCAACUUCUACAGCAAUGGACAUAGGUUGAAGUAUUAUUAUAUGCCCUUUGGAUCAGGCGCUACAAUCUGUCCUGGACGGUUAUUUGCUGUCCAUGAAAUCAAGCAGUUUUUGAUCCUGAUGCUCUCCUAUUUUGAACUGGGGCUCGUGGAAAGUGAUGUUCAAUGUCCUCCUUUGGAUCAGUCCCGUGCAGGCUUGGGCAUUUUACCACCAUCACAUGAUGUUGAGUUUAAAUAUAAAUUUAAAUAUUUGUAAAUCUAUGGUUGGAAAAAGAGGACUGUAAAUCAUGUUACAGGACCAUAGAACACAAUCUCUUGACAGCGCCUCUGGACAAUUGCAUUUAGUGGAGUUAUGCAUCCGGUCCAGUUCUGUUCCCUGAUGCUUGUUCGUGGAUGUUAACACGCCGGUGACAGUGUCCGCAUCUCAGAAUCUCACUCUGCACUACCAGAAAAUAGUUUCUAGAAGCAUGAUCAUUUAAUUUUGAAUUAGUGAAUGAAUGUUCAUAGAGCUAGGUACUGAACUGUAUUAUUUCAGAGGGGGUAAAAUCUCUCUCUCUAUCCCUCUCAAAAAUUAAGGUAUUGCGAUUUUUGCAAUUCAUCGACUGGCUUUUUUUUUUCCUAAGGAAACUGCUAUAUCAUAAUAUAAACCACUCAACAUUAUUGUGAAAGAUAAAAAUUCACAUUUUAGUGAAACUGUGCUAUUUUCUUGAUUAUCUAGUGAGGCUCUUUAGGUGUGAACAUAUUACAAAAAGUACUUUAAAUGAGAGUAUCUUGCCUUUUAAGAUAUACUCUAAAUAAAGUUUAGUUUUGUACCCAAUAUUCAAGGCUUUAAAAAUGAUGAUGUCAAUUUUCUGAAAACAAAGAUUUUCCCUUUGUGUUUUAAAUUAUUAUUGCUGUAAACUCUAAUGUCUAUGACAGGUUUUGACUAUAUGCUUCCAUAUUAAUGAGAUUUUUUAAUAAUUAAAAGGGAGUUUUUCUGUUAUUACUAAAUAUACAGGAAUGAAAAAAAUUACUUUCAUGUAAUUUGUGGAUUGUAAACUGGAUAGAAAUGACCACGAGCUUUGAUUAUGAGAAAUGCAAAGAAAAACAGCUUGGGAUUGUGUUUUAUUCACUCUUUUUGUCAUUAAGGAAUUUGUAGUUGAAGGGAAAAUAAGCCAAUAUUGAUUCGCCUAGCCAUUGUGUACCAUGGACCUAUGAGAAAUUAUUUUAAGUUUUGGAGUGAUCAACCAAGACAUUUUUAUUAGUAUUUCUCUAUCUAUUUAUAUCUGAAUUAUAUUUAUCAUUUUUAUAUUAAAAUAUUGCAGCAUU